CGUGCGUGUUCUUCAGUUUUAAAGAGAAAAGGUUAAUGUUCACUUCUCUCUGUCGUCUUGUACCACGGCGGUGGGUGAUGAAGACUGUAAGAAACGUUGCUUGUUUCAUUCUUGUAGCAUCUGUAACGGGUUGCAUAGGAAACGGCACGUCUUCACUGUCAAGAGAAAGUGAUUGCAAUGGCAACAGUCCCGACUGUUUCAAUUGGAUUUUGAAUGUCGACUUAUUUUGCAACUCAACUUGUGAUAGCACACUGCAAUACAGACUGUCGGGAAUCUGUAAAACCAUUUGUAUGAAUUCUUCAUUGCCCAAUCCUUUACAAUGCAAUCAACAUGGCAUCGACAUCCAACCAUUAUUAGAAUUUUCGUUCGUUAAUUGUUCAACUGGACAGCAAUAUUGGCAACACCCUAUGGACGACAACAUGUUCAUCGAAUGCGACCCAUCCGGCCCAAGGGUGAAAUCGUGUGAGCCUGGAACAGUAUGGGAUCAAGGUUUGCUAAAGUGCACAAGUUGCAGAGGCGACCAUCCAGAUUGCUCGUUAUGGGUUCUCAAUAUUGAGAGUUUUUGCAAAUCAAUGUCGAAGAACUGCUCUGGCCACCAUCGGCUCGUUAAAAUAUGCCAGAGACUAUGUGGACCUUGUGAUGUUUAAUUACAGACAGGUAAAUCGUUCUGUUUUGGGACUGAGCGUCAAGUUGAUUAUAUAGUUAUGUAAAUAUUUAUUUGUUUUUGAUGGAAAUGAUAAUGAAAUUAGAUAUUGAUAAAUCAGCUUGCUCUCUUUCAAUAUCUGUAGCAAUAAAAAGACAUAUAUCUAUGA